AUGCUUCGCAAGUAUGUCCAUGGCAAGAUUCAUCGUUGGGAUGAUUUUGUUCAGCAAACUGUUUUCGCAUGUCGUGUUCGCAAGCAUCGCACUACUGGUUACAGCCCUUAUUUUCUCGUAUAUGGUCAAGAGCCGAAGUUGCCUGGUGAUGAGUUGCCUCCAUUUUUGCUUACUGAUACCGAUGAUGCUGACAAGGAUCAAGAAAUUGCCGUCAAAGGCCGUGUACCUGAAGUCCGUGCAUUACGUCAAGCCCGUGCCAUAGCUGAACAACGUCUUCAAGACACUGCUGCCAAAGACAAAGCACGUUGGGACGCCAUUAUGAAGCCGCAAGUUUUCGCCAUUGGCGAUCAUGUCUUAAUGAGACAUGAGAACAAGCUGAGCCUGGAAUACACUUGGAAAGGACCAUAUCGCAUCAUCAACAAGAACGCUUCCACUCACAUCUACUAG